CAUCAACACAUGUUAAACAAUAAUCUUAAUUAAUUUCACAAGUUUUACAUGGUAAAGAACAUUAAGAACAAGUUAUACCUACCAUAUAAUAGCCUGGUUUACAAAUACAAUUUUUAGAUGAAUCAAUAAUUUAAUUACUAUCAAUGCAUGUCAAACAUCCAUUUAUAUCACAAUUAGCGCAUGGUUUAAUACAUGGUGUACAAGAAUUAACAGUAUUUGAAUAAUAUGUAUCUUUGCAAACACAUUAAUAAGAAGUAUUUAUUAUAUGAUUAGCAUCUAGACAACUAUCACAAUGAGUAUUAUUUAUU